ACAAGGAAAAAUUUUAAAAAUUAAGUUAAGGAUUGAGAGUGAUUAAUGCAGAGGGUGAUAUACUAUCAGAUUUCAGUGGUAUUGUUUGGAAAAUACACUAUUAACUCUUAAUCUUUGUCCAAACAGUGACAGUAAAGUCAAAUGAUGAGAUUUAAAGCUUAAAUAAAUUUUGUUAGUGCAGUGAUAGUCAUUUGUUAUAAUUCUUAUUCUUAUAGAGAUAUACUGGAGUAACUGUUACCUCACUCGGGUGAAAAAUUGAUUAGUUCUGUGGCGAAUUAAAAUUUCAAGUUAUCAGUGUGUGCGGUAGUAAUAUCAGUGUAGAUGAUAGCUAGAUAUAUAAAUACAUGCAGCAUGUAUAUAACUUUAUCUAACUCUUAUAAUAAUAUGGAUUUUAAAAAGUUCUGAUCCACUUGCGUUUAUCUACUGCUCGUCAAAGUGUGAAAGUUGAGGAAUAACUGGCGGAAUUAGAGGAGUGUGUUUAAAGUUGUGACAACAUCAGGAACAAAAUAUUACAGAAAUAGGAAUUAAACAACUCAUUUAGAAGAACUUAUUCCUUGUUAAAGUUACAGUAACUACAGGAACUAUGUAAAGAUAGGACAAUGCAGCAAACUUCACUUUCAGGACCAGUAUGACAAGCUUAAAGAACACUGGCUGACAUGUUGUGACAUCACUGCUCGUUGUCUAUGGUUACUGCAACCUUCCUGUACAGUCAUUCUUUAACGUCCAACCUAGGGUGCAUCAACUUCGCAAUAUCCAAGAUUUCCUGAAGUGAAGUGUGACGAGUAGUAUUCUGUAGACAAUUCAAGGGAAAAAUACAACUAUAAGUGUGAUUAUUUUUGUUGAUGGACAAUAACUCUCCCAAAACAUGAGAUAUAAAGAGCAGGGCGUUCGAUGUUGGUCACCAUGCAUACAACUUCACCUGCAAUAAUGUCCUUGGAGCAGAGUAAAAGCUGUGUAGAGGAAGAUAACGAUGGAGAUGUGCUUAAACAGGAGACACAAGAUCUUGCCGGUUUGUUGUCAUCUCCAGACACAAAAACUCGUGAUAACGGUACUCCUUCCAAUAUCAAGUCGGAACAUAACUCGGCCAACAAUGCUGAUAUUAAAGAGGAAGUUAAGGAAGAAGUCUCCGUCAAAAAUGAACCAGGAAAUCCUGGCAGUGUUGGCAAAAUGCCAAAUGGGGAUGUGAACCCAGACUUGGACAAGAAAGUUGGUACACCAGGCGAUGUAAAGCCACCAGAUAAAGCCAAACAAGAGCAAAAUGGAAACCCUAAUACUCCUGUGAUUGCGGAUCAGAUGCAGAGCCCAGCAGCCAUGAAUCAGAUGCAUCGUGGGAACAUGUCCAUGGCCAUGAGCCCGGGCGCAGCUGGUAUGGGUCAACACAUGGGUCCGCAGAUGCCACCAGGAGGACCAUCUAUGGGUCCGGGACCUGGUCCAGGGCCUGGGAUGCCAGGAAGUCAGCCUGGUAUGAUGGGACCCAUGGGGCCGGGAGGGCCUAUGGGUCCUGGCCCGAAUGGACCAAUGGGUCCCGGACCGAACGGAGGGCCACCUCAACAGCAGGUAGCUAGCGAAGGGCCGCUGGUGCAGCAACAGAGUGAAAUUUUUGUCUUCACCACACAACUAGCGAAUGAGGCUGCCCAGGCCGUGCAGAGUGGACAGUAUAAGAACAUACUGUCUUAUCACAUGGACCAACCUUCAACUAAAUCCUUCUUACAGAAAAAUCCAAAGAUGCGUGCUGGUGCUGGUAUGUACAACAUGCAGAGUAUGCGCAGUAAGAUGGGUAUGAUGAAUAACCCUAUGGGUCCAAUGGGUGGGAUGCCAGGAGGACCAGGCCCUAUGGGUUUUGGGCCAGGCCCAAAUUCAUCAAAUAGUGUUGCACAGUGGGUACAGCAGCAGAAUCAAAACUUACAAGAGCAAGGACUCAGUAUGAACGAUGGAGAUCCCCGAAUGAUGAUGGGGCCGAAUAAUCCUAAUUUCUCACAAAUGAUGAUGGAUGAACGAAUGUUUGAUCCAGAUUUUGGAGGCCCUGGUGGCCAAAUGAAUAAUAUGAACCUAAUGCAAAGUAAAGUUCCGAAUGAAAAUUUGACUCCUGAACAGUUACAAAGGAGAGAAGAGCAUUUGGCUAGUAUACGUAAACUUCAACAAAUGUUGUUUCCUGAGCAAAGAAGUCAACAAGGUUUUCCCCCUGGGCAGGGGCCUGGGGGUCAAGGUAUGAUGCCAGGGGAUAUGGGGGGAAAUAUGAGUAUGUAUCAACAAAAUCUGAUGUCAAAACGUGCAAUGAUGUCACAACAAAAUAUGAUGGGUUCCCCACAUGGAAUGAUGGAAUCUAGACAGGAAAUGAUGUCACAAGAACAAUUUAUGAUGUCACAGGGUAUGUCACAAUUUGGCCCUGGGCCUCAUCCACAAAACAUGCAAAAUUUGACUCCGGCACAAAGGGAGUGGAUGAGACUCCAGCAAGAAUAUAUUGCGGAAAAGAGGGCACAUCAGCAGCAACAACAGAGGCCACCCAUGGGCCCGAACGGUCCCCAAAUGGGCCCUAACGGCCCGCCAAUGGGGCCAGGACAGCCUCCACCAUCUUAUUACAGUUCGAUUGCUCAAAAACAACGUCACGGGUCUGUUGGAAUGGGAUCUCCUACCUCACCGAACAUGAACGGGCCCAUGGGCUCCCCUUCUGUGGCUGUCUCAGGUCCAGAUCCAAAUGAUACGUUAUCAUUUCCUGGUCAUCAACGGAAAGGAUCAUUUUCUGGUAUGGACCCUAUGGGCCCAAUGGGGCCUGGUAUGGGCCCAGCAAUGGACCCAAUGAUGCAGCAAGGAUCUCCGAUGAAUCACAACAUGGGCGGACACAUGCCGCCUUCUCAUGGAAUGAAAAACUCUCAGGUGUCUUUACAAAGGGCAGGUAAUCCAGAACAAUUUGUGCCAGAAAUGCCACCAGGGGGCCAGGUUUCUGGUUCGAAUGCGUCAGCAAACAAACCGCCCCCUAGCUAUGCACAGUCUCAGUCAACAAAGAGAAAACGAGAUGACAUGGAAGAACUGUGUAAAAACUUACAACCUACACCCUCUCCUCAGCAUAUUAGUUAUCUCAACCAGUUUGAUGGUCAGGAACUGACGAUAACAAAACAAAUAAACACAGCAUAUCGUGAUACAAACACUAGUGAGUCCCAGUCAAGCCAUUAUACUCAAAAUAAUCAAAUGGUGAACUCUCCUUUACAUGCACCUGGAUCUAAUAAAGGCCCUAUGUCAAACUCCAGUCAGACUUCCAGUGGACCUUUAGCAAGCCCAGGCCCAAUUAAUGUUACACAGGGUUCGGGUCAGGGUCCUGGGCCAAGCCCAAUGUCUGGAGCAAAUAUGCGCCUUUCUCAUUAUGAUCCUCAACAACAACAACAACCUCAAAAUAGUAGUAGUAUCUCAAAUUCUCCGACAACGCCAACAGGAAAAUCAUCAUUGUCGAACAUCACAUCGGCUAGUUUAGCUAACUUAGCGAAAGGUGUAGAAAAUUUAUCCAAUCAGAUGCAGCAGCAUAUGAUGCAGGGCGGACCAUUUCAUAGUAUCCAAAUGCAGAGUCAGCAACAACAGCAGGUUGGACCCGGCACGCCUCAGCCUCAGCAAUCCGUUAGUAAUCAACAGACACCGCAGUCGGUGGUUCCGAAUACAUCGCAGACUUCUCAUAGUACUCCUAGUGUGAAUAAUACUUAUGUGAAUACCAAUCUGUCUAUUCAACAAGUUAAUAUACAAAGUGUAGGUCAUGGGGGUGGGGGUAACAAUUAUAAUAGUAGCAGCAGCUCCGCCGCCUCUAUGCAAGUGCAACAAAUGAACAUGGAGCAGACUCAAAUGAAUAUGCAACAAAGUGGCGCCAAUAUGGGUGGAGCAAAUAUGACACAAACUGGUAGUAUGUCCCAAAGUAAUGUGACUCAAACUACAAACAUGACCCCUAGCUCUGGAAUGCCCUCUAGUGGCAAACCUCAGUCUGGGAAUAUGAAUAUGAAAGACAGUAACUACGGAGGCAUGGCUAUGCCGCCAGGCAUGCACAAUAAUCGAUCACCGUUUGCUCAGUCCCAGAAUCCUCCACAAGUGCCUACAUCGGGAAGGCCGGGCUCCCCUGGGUUUCCCCCUAGCUCAAUGGGAAAUGCUAAUGUACAGAUACAGCAGAAAGCUCCAAAUACAAUUCAGUAUCUGCCUGCAAGUCAGUCAAAUAUGCUUCCAGAGAAUAAACCCAUGAGCAAACCAGAUUUAGACUUUAUGACUCAUUUUACAGGUCAAGGAGGUAAUAUGGAAGGCAAAGUGCCAACUUCUAAAAUGCAGUAUUUUCCAGGUCCAGGGGGUAGUCCAUAUGGUCCAGGUCCCCCGAAUAUGGGGCCAGGGCCAGGAUCUGCUCCAGGCCAAGGUCCUGGCCCAGGGGGUGAUAGUAGAAUGGGGCCUUCCAUGGGCAUGGGUCAAGAUCCAAGAUUUGGUGGGCAGUCAAUGUCAGAUCCUAGGAUGGACCCUAGAAUGGGUCCUAUGGCUGGAGAUCCCAGAAUGGGACCUAUGGGUCCAGGUGGUGAUCCUCGAAUGGCUCGGCAUGAUGCUAGAAUGGGCCCUGGUCCAGAACUGGUUAUGGGUGGGGAUCCGAGAAUGGGUCCUGGAGGCAUGGGUCCUAUGUCAGAUCCCAGGAUGGGUCCGAAUGCUAGCACAAUGAUGGGUAUGGGUCCAGGGUCUGGUCCUAUGAGUUCAUUGCGCCCUGGAUCAAGGGGUAGUCCUUUCACUGGUCCCAUUGGUCCUGCAGUCCAGCAGUCUAUGAUGAUGCGAAGAGGUAGUCCAGAUUUGCCUCUCACUGGGGGUAACUUUAGUCCUGACCCAAUGAAUCCAAAUAUGACUAGUAUGAGUGGCCCAAUGUGUGCCCUGUCAUCUUUGAGUGGGAAUCCAAUGACUUCAAUGAGCAACAUGUCAAAUAGUAUUAUGAAUGACCCUAUGGGACCUAUGAGUGGGGGUCCUCCAGGCAAUAUGGGACCAAAUAUGCCAUAUAAUAGUCCCCCAUAUAGUGGGCCAAUGGGUAGCCCAAUGAUGCCCUCUGGUCCAGGAUCCAUGUCAAUGCAGGGACCAAGAAUGCAAGGUCCUGGUAUACCAGGUAUGUCACGGUCUGGUCCCUAUUCAAGACAGCCAAGUCCCGGGAUGAGAAUGUCAGGGGCUGGUAUGGGGCCUGGCCCACUAAGCCCAGGUGCACCUGGUUACUCAAGUGCCCAAUUUCAGCAAUUUCAACAACAGUUAUAUUCACAAAGUCGACCCCGUCAGAUGUCCCCGAUGGAAAGCAUGAUGGGUAAUCCGGGAGGUCCUGGUUAUGGCCCGAUGGGACCAGCGAUGGGGGCUGGCAUGAUGCCCAAUAUGCACGGUACUAUGUGAAAUAAAUAAAAGUGUGAAAAUAAACGAAUAUUAUUAGUGUGAUUGGGCAAAAGAAAAACUAAGCAGAGAUGGAAGAAUACAAAGUAGGGUCCCAGGUUGCAGAAAUGUGAAGUGAAUGAAGGGGGACUCUGUGUGUUGGAGGUGAUUGUAAAAAGAUACCAGUAUGUGGCAUUGUGUUGAAAACAUAGGUUGUGAUUGGUUGGAAUGUCCGAGAUGAGAAUACAUAGUGGCGAGGGAUGCUGGAAUAAUAUAACAAUGACAUGUGAAUCAAAGCCAUGAGAAAGUUAAGUGAAAGUUAUUAGUGAUGGCCUUGAAUAAGUGAAAAACUUGUGUUGUUGAAAACAAAAUGAUAUUUUAACGAAAGAGAUUUUAUUUCUCGUGAUUUAAUUAGUGCACACCCCAUAUAAUUUACGUGUGAAAUAGAAAACAAUUUGUGAGCUCAAGUUUAUUGAAUUUAUGUCAUUAGAGUCAGUGCUCUAUUUAAGAUGCCAUAAUAUAUACAUAUAUAUAUAUUACACAAGUCCAAAGAUUUGUACACAGUCUCUCAUUUGAAGCUUUAUUUUUAUAAGCAUUUCAUUUAUUUAUUGUUUCUUUGACCAUUCUGUGUUGUUCUUGCUCUUGGUCAAUGAUUUCUAGGGUCUCAGGAUAUAAAUCUUGAGUUUGAAUACCAGUCUGAGAAAAGAAACCUUGUCAUUGGUCGAUUUCAUUACUGUGCUUAGAAAAGACCAAUCAGAUUGUAGAGUUUUCAGACUGGUCUCCUAACUCAUUUUAAAUAACUUUAGACCAAAGUCUAUUUUCACUUACAUAUUUGUUUCAGGCCAAAAGUUCUCAAAACUAACACACACAGACUUGAAAUUAAGCUUAUCUGCAGUGUAUUAAAGUUAGAUAGGAGGCCAGCUUGGAGAGGGCCAGUCACAAACUCCGCUGUACAGUAUAGAGCUGUAAAAUGUAAAAGCUUCAGUGGACUGUUCUUGCUAACAGUUUCUGAUUUAAUAUGAAUUUUGAAAAACGUGCAUAUUUUGGUCUCUGAAACAGUUUGAGAAAGAUUUAGUGAUGUAUAUUAUACAGAUCAAAACAUGUCUAAAAAUGUGUAUGAACAGAUCAAUGGAUCAUUUUGCUCCACCUAAAAGUUUGAAUAGAACAGUUUAAUCUACAGUGUAAGAGAGGACUGUUCCAUUGUUCAAAUUAAAUGCGGACAGAAAAAUGAGACAAGUGUAGAAUCAGUUAAAUAAAGCUCAGUGUUCAUUUGAUAUUGUCCGUUGAAUUUAAAGAAACAGUAAAUUGUUCAUUGCAAAUAAAUGUUAUCUUUUCAAGAAUAUUUUUACCCCACCUUUCAUAGUGUGCAUUUAAAUAUGUUGAAUACUUCUAAUAGUCAACUUUCGCAUUGAACUAAAUAGCUUUUUCAAUAUUUUGUAAAAUUAUUGGACAAGUUAUAGUACCUGUAGAAAAGAAAGAAGCAGUGCCUUUUUCUAUUUGUGUGUAAAUGCUAUGGUAUAAUACCAUACUGCCAGUUGAUAUCUUGUAACAAAUUAAUUUAUUUGGUAUUUGAUGGAAAUUUAAUUCUUUUGUUAUUGAUUUUGUAACAGAUGACAAGCUGGUUUUGUGAAUAAUUAUUUAAUGUGCAAUUUUAUGCUUGAUCAUUAUAAUUGCUUUGACAGUAGGCAACUGAACUGUUUUGUUUUGUGAUGGAAAAAUUGUUUUGUUAUGUUGCAUUGAUCCAUUUUACUUUUAAGUGUCUAUUCAUUGACUGUAUUUCAACAAAUAAACUUUUGUUUUUGUCUUUGAUAUGCCAAAAACUAUGUACAUUUUGCUCAAAGUCCUGAUUUUCUGGGUAUAUGUAUGCACAUUCGAGGUAUUCAGACAAAUUCAGUUUGUGCUUUUUUCCUUAGUUUGUAUGUUUUUUUGGUUUUUUUUUUUUUUUUUUUUUUUCAGAUUUGUGUUUUUCACUGUACCAUAAACUUGCUAUCAGAAAUGCCAAAUAUUGAAUUUUAGUAUCUUUAAGACAUUCUAAUUAAUUUUGCUCUUUUAGACUUACAGUUGCCUUCAUUUAGAAUGUGUGACAGAAAAUUUAGCUUUCUGUAGAUUUGCCAGCAUUUUUUACAGACAUGUGCAUAAUGACUAUCUUACAUAGCAUAAUCCAAGGGAGGUAAUCAUAAAAUGAAGUAUUAUAAAAUGGCACUUACACACAAUGGAAGGGAGGUAAAUCUGGAUAUCUACAAGAUUUAUUGACUUGUUUUAAGUUAAUACCAUGGACUUGUAUGAAUAUUCAUUAUUUGAAUAACUUUACACGAAUUACUUCUAUAGUGUCAGAAUAUAUGUAAAUAGCUGCAAUUAUCAUAUAUGUACAUAAAAAUUUUGUGUACAUGUUAAAUAUUUCAGUUUGUAUACCAUUACAUUUUUUUCUUCAUCACAAUCGGUUUUUAUUGUUUUUCCCCUGUUCUUUCAAUAUUUAUGAUUGGUUGUAAUAUAUUUGAAUAAUUUUUAGACCAUGUAAACAUUUUUAUACCUAAACAAGAUUUCAGCACAUUGUGUUACAUUUCAAACAACUCUUCAUAGGCAAAAUUUAAUUAAUGCAUAAGUAAAUAUAUGUAUCCUUCAAGUUAAUGUUUAAAAGACAAGAAAUAUACAUGAAGUAAUAUUUAUGAGUUAGACAUUAAAAGUUCCAUUUCUUGCUAGGGAUUCAUUUUCUGUUGACACACCUUGUUUUACAAAACUGUUCAGUAUUUUGAGAUAAAAAAAAUGUGAUAGACGCUUUUGGUAUGAUUAUACAAUUCUUUUUUUUUUCUUUUACUUGGAAACAAUAAUCAUGCCUGUCUAACAAAGCAGUCUUGGGGAAAUUUAUUGAAAAAAACAAACUAUUAACAGAGGGUGUAAGGAAUAUUAAUGUUUGUGGUUAAAUAUGAAAAUAAAAUAAUGAUCUUUUAAGGUAUUUUAUGUAUAGUUGUGGCCUUUAUUGUGUUUUAAAGUACAGGUGACACAAGUAGAAGUACAGCUAUCUCUGAUCCCACAAUGACUUACUUAACGCAGGAGAAAAUAAACCUAAUCAUUUUCACAUUUUGGUAACCAUAGUAACAGCCACAGCAGUACUUGCACUUAUUAAAUUUUGCCUGUGAAAGUGUCAUUAAAUAUGAACAGUGCAAUAGGAAAGCAGAGAUGUAAAAUUCUGGAUCUGUCAUUUUUGAAAUUCUGUAUUCAUUUUUUAACUGACGCAUGCACUCUUCAUAAAGAAACAGGAUCAUUUUAAUAUUUGUUAUGUCACUAGUUCCUACAUGCAAUAGGUUGUUGAAGUUUAGCAAACUAUUUUAUUUCAAAACUUAAUAAAUGCUUUCAAAUGUUGAUUUCUAGUGAUACCAUUGGUCAGUUUAUUAUUUGAGUACUUUGUGGACAAGUAGCUUAGUUUUCUGAAUGAGUUUUUGUUGCUGCUGACAGUUGAAUGAAGGAAUUGUGGUAAACUUGCAUGUACAUGGCAGUUCACUUCUGUUUUGUGUGAGAAAGUUCCUCUAAACUGCAUGCAUAUGUAUCGAUCACUACAUUAUUAAUUAGUGCUAAUUGGUAUAGGUUUUGUUUCCAGAAUUGAUGAUUUGCCGUUAGAAAAAUGAGCAGAAUGAAUCAUGUAAGUGAGCACACUGAAUAUGUUUACUUAAUCAGUCACAUAGUUGCAUACCUGACAUGUGAACAGUGAUACUAAGGUAUCACAUGUCCUUUGUGAUAAUAAGUUAGCUCAUGUCUAAUCAUGUUUUAAGUGAAAGUUUCAAAACAUGAAUUUAAUUUUUUUGUCAUAUAAAAUUGAAGAAUGAUCUUUAUAACAUUCUUGAAAAAUAGUUUUGUCUAGCAAACUUAACAAACGUUUAAGAUAGUGACUGUUGUUAGUAAAGUUUAUUAUAUAGCUGUCAACAACAACCAAGCCCAGUUGGAGGAACAGGAAGUUUCCAGCGUGAAGAUUUGAACUGAACCAAAUCCGAUGCAGUUUUCUUCAUUUCUUUUAAGCAUUUAUUGAGUUUUGAAUAAAAAUUUGUAACACUACAACAAUUCCAGAAUUGUCAAGCAUUUGUGUGUCAUUUAUUCUGAAAACUUUAUAAUACAGCAAGGGAAGCAUUCUCUUUGAUGGUUUGACUGCUGUAAACUUGAACAUACAUUUCUCAAUUCUUGAAGUAUGUAUAUUAUUUUGCGUUCUUGCACACCAGAGAUCUACCACAGUUUCUCUGUUGAACUGUGUUAAGUCAGCUUUUAUUAGAAUGAUAUUGUUGAAAAUUCAACAGUCAGACUCGUGUGCAACAGCCAUCUGCCUCCUAGCACCGGUGUAAGUGGAACUUUAAUAUAUAGCUUGAUUCAUGAGUCUAAAUUAUGUUGAAGAAGGAAGGUUUUCAUUAUUACCAUUUCAGAACUUGUGUUCUUGUCUGAUAGAAAGAAAAGCUUCUAAUUUAAAACAUACGCUAUUUUUGACUGGUUCAAUGUUCUACAUUUACUUAAAGUCGGAAUUUAUAGUGUUUAUAUUGCUAAGUAAUAAGUCAGCAUGAAUCCAGUGUGCUGAGACACAUAAACGUAUAACUUGCUGUAUUUAAGUUGUUAAUUAUACAUGUACAUGAAUUUUAGCAUUUGAUAAAACUGUGAGAAUUUCAAGGAUCAUUGUUAAUUGACUUUGGUCUUCAGUGCAUAAAGUACAACAAACUGCAUCAAGGAGAAUGAUUUCUUUGGGUCUGAUAGAGGUAUAUCCACAGUAAGAUGGGAGCCAAAAAAAAUGUUUCUGUUCCAUUGUUAGAUUGGUCACAUGAUUGCCAUGUGAUGGUCAUGUGACAGUUAAGGAGUACUACAGUUCGUUGUAGAUACAUUUAGUAGGUUUUGACCUUGAAUGCUAUAGUAUAUUUUUGAUAUGUUUAUAUGACUGUUUUAAAUGUGCACUCAUACAAAUGUAAUAUAGUGCACAGUGGCACAAAAUUGAUACAAAAGGGGAAAAGGGGGGAUAACUAUGUACACAAUGUCGACAUCUUUUCAUAGAUGAAUAUGUUAGUAAAUCAUGAAACAAA